UACUAACAACAUAUUCACAAUAACACACAACAUUCUGUGUUCCCAUUUUACCAUUGUGAAUAUAUAGUUUGCGCUAAGCUGAAGAUGAAGCAUACAUCAAAAUCAGCUGAUUUCAAUGAUUUGAUGGACAAAAAUUUUUUAGCAGAGGAAAAUAUAGGGCAAGAGAGCUACCAAGAAGGUUUAGAAGUGGGUCGUGCACGUGGAGAACAAGAAGGUUAUGAACUAGGCUACCAGCAGGGCAUACGACUUGGCAAGGAAUUAGGUGAAAUUUAUGGCAUUGUUGUGGCACAACAACAACAAAAACACACUGAUAAAGUGCAACGUGCGUUACAACAAUUACGUACCAGCAUAGAUCAGUUUCCACGUGAUAAUAAUCCCGAAGCCGAUAUAAUUGGCAUGGUGGAGAGUAUACGCAAUCAAUAUAAACGUGUACGUAUACUGACAGCGGGCAAGGUGGGAAAGACAACGAAAAAAGUAAAAGACGCCAGCAGUAAUAGUGGUGUGGCAGAAAAAGUUAAAGAUUUGUCUUUUUAAAAUUUACAAUAACUGAAGAAAUGAGUAGCAGCCAAAUACGUGCGUGCUUGGAGGAGAUUUUACACUUCAUGCAGCCACAUUGGGAGUUUGUCAACUGUCAUAUGGUUAGCUAUUUGACAGAAAAGCAUUGGCAAAAUUAUGUGCCCGCAGAGUUAAAACAUGAAGUGCCUGAUGUGGAAAGCGUACAAAGCUGCAUUGAGACAGUAUUUUGGCAAAAUAAUGAUGGAGAUAACAAAUUUAGUGGUGUUAAGCAAUUUGUGGCAAACUGUAGAAAAUAUUAUUUAGAUAAAAGCACUGAUAUACUGACGCCAAUGGAGCAGUUGAAUAAAGCUUUGGGAUUGGUGCAAGAUGACGCGCAAAAUUUGACAAUUAAAGAGUUUAUGAGUGAGAAGAAACGACAUGAGGUAGAGAUAACAGCCGCGCUGAUCGAUCGCUUAAUACACAGUGUAUCGAGCAACACAGAAGCAUAUAUUGUGGAUGCGGGCGAUGGCAAAGGCUAUUUAUCAUCACGUCUUGCCUUACAGUACAAGCAUCGCGUGCUGGGUAUUGACUUUCAAGAAUUAAACACCGAAAAUGCUUUGCAACGCAUUCGCAAGUUAGAGCGCGUUUGGAAUGGCUUAGUGAAGCGCGCAGAAUUACAACAACAAGGCAUAACACCUAAACGUCGUAGCAAAAAUGUGCAAAAACCUGCUACCUUCACGCCUGAAACAAUUGCAAAUGCGAACGAAAAAGAUAUGCUUUACAAAACCACAGCUGCAUUUAUUACACCCGACUUGAAUAUUAUACAACUCUUGCAACAACAAUUUCCGCAAGUCACCGAUACUAACGCUAUCUGUUUAACCGGUCUACACACCUGCGGCAAUUUGGCCACCACCUGCCUGCGCCUCUUUCACGAACAGCCACAAUGCAGAUUGAUUUGUAAUAUCGGCUGCUGCUACCACCUGCUGCAAGAGGAAUACGCUUCACCGGAGUUUUUUGAAAAUGAAACGAUUAGCGCACGACAAACAACGCCUGGUUUCCCAAUGAGUCAAUUUCUGCGCGACAAACGUUUAACGCUUGGCCGCAAUGCACGCAUGUUGGCCACACAAUCGUUCGCGCGCGUCACCAGCGAACGCAGCGCCAUGAACACUUCACUCUACUAUCGUGCGCUACUUGAAGUUCUGAUUUGCGAUAGCGCCCAAGAAAUGCGGCAAAAGUUGCAAGUCGGUAAAGUGCGUAAAUAUGCUAAUUUUAAUGAGUAUGUGGCGCUUUGUUGUAAAAAGUUCGCGGCGACACAAAAUUGCAAUUUGCACUGGGACACAGCUAUUGUGGAUAAUGUGCAAAAACAAUACGCGGCCGAUGCGCAUUACAUGCAUUUAUACUAUAUGCUACGUAUGUGCUUUGCGCAAGUUAUAGAAAGCCUCAUAUUGCUGGAUCGUUUGUUGUACUUGAAGGAGUUAGGUUAUGCGGAGAGCUAUUUGGUGGCGGUAUUCGAUGCAGUAAUAUCGCCGCGACGUUUCGGCAUUAUCGCUUUGAAAAGCGCGGCUAGCUGACGACCUUGAUUUAUUCUAUGCUUGCAUGCUUGCAUACAUGCAUAUGUUUAUAUAAUUACACUAAGCCGGUAGGAUUGGAAGCCUCAGCUUGUUGAUAAUUAACUGUAUGUUACAUCAUAUUUUAUUGCUUUGUUUUAUAUAUUUACACAGUGCUAAUAAAUUCUUAUUUACAUAUACGACAAUUUGAUUGAUAGUAGAGAGAAA